AUGAAAGCAACUCGCGUCCUUGGAAUUCUUUUCAAUAAAGCGUCUGACAACGUACCACUUUCAUCGUCACUUACGGAUGCUCUUGUGGCACUUACUGAAGCACUUCGCGCCAAUAGUAAAGAGACAAAAUUCAAAUUAUACUUGUCACAAGCGAUCGGAGAGAUCAUAGUUUUCAUCGCUGGACGAGCGUCAGACAAUUCACUCGUGCCUGGUUUUACUUAUCAAGCCAUCGGUCGAUGUCUUAAGGAUGGUGAUGACACUGCCCUCAAUCAUGCAGCAUGUAAAACAAUUGAAAACCUUUUACUCGUGGCUGAUAAACAAGCAGAUAAAUUAGCUACACCUGACAUCGCUCUCGCUCUCUGGAACAUUUCCAGUACAGUUGGUAAUAAUGAAUAUUUACGUGCUUGCGCACUGACUGCUCUCUGCCAUAUGGGUUUAUCUUAUCCAGAUGUUGUUCAAUCUGUCAUUGAUAAAGUGACAAUUAAGGGCGAUAUAUUCCAAUCAACAUCCUCGAAAGUUCUACAAUGCAAUAUCGCACUUUUAGCUAUAUUAGCGAAACGAACGAAGAAUCGUUCGAUGUUAAUACAAGAUAUAGUACCGAAAAUGCAUGUGCUCUAUGAAAAUACAAAUGUUCUCAUUCGUGCCAAAGCAUACACGUUAACAUAUGUUAUUCUAUCAACGUAUAGCGAAAGUCUUUUUACGUUAAGUGAUACUAAGCUAUUCCAAGCUAUCGAACGUGAUGUACGUCGAAUGUCAGCUGAUCCGGAUGAGAAUGACUUGCUGCAUGAAGCAUUAAAUCGUUUAACUACGCUUCUUUCGAGUCUUCUAACUCGAACGUUAGAUGAACUUCUAUCAUCAACUGAACAGACGCGAAAAGCUUCACCAGCAAAAGAUGCAUUCAAAAAAUGGUUACCAUCAUUUCGACUGAUCUCUAAUAUCAUCGGAAAUCCAUGCAUUCGUUCUCGAAUUGUCACGUUGAUGUCCAUUAAGAAAAUGUUCAAACUUUUUUCGAAUAUAAAACUCAUUGCAGAAUUACAUAGCGAACAGACUAAAGGUCCAUCAUCGUUAACGGAAAUUAUUUCUUAUACAUCUCAAACGUUAGAUGCAUUCGUUCGAGCUCGCGAUCUUCUGUCUCUGUUUAGCGAAAUACUUCUCACUGACCUUCUUCCACUAUGUUCUCAAUUGCUCGUCUCAACAAAUAACGUCGAGGAGUUUUCGCUUCUUGCUCUUUGUAUUCUCAAUGAAUUGUUAACCGAACUGAAACUAGCUGAUUGCGUUCUACCUGCACAUAUCCAACGAGAUAUUAAACAAGAACUACAACAAACAUUCCUACCAAUCAUUUGCGAUCGACAUAUACUCCGUGAGGAAGCUAUUGCAUUGCUUAGUUUACGUUUCAUUCAAACAAUCUGGAUAACAAUUGAACAUACACCAGCAUCGCUAUCGAUCCUAUCUCAAUCAAAACUUAUUCCGAAUCUGUUUACAUUGAUUGUACAGAAUAAAGAUAAGCCCACCGGCCCAUUCGUUCAAGGUGUGGUUUCGUGUUUAACAACAUUAGCAGAUAAACGUGAAAUGAUUCAAACGAUGAUUGAACAAGGUUUAGUAUCGAUUCAAUUACAAUUAAUACAAGAUCAAUUAACAUUUUCAACAACGGAUCGAACCAUGUUGAACGUUCUCUUGGAAUUGUUAACUUUACUUGACCGGGACUUGACUUAUGUUUUAGAUAUUGUAAAACGCGCAUUACAAAUUAAGAAAACUGGUGCAGGUGAUUCUGAUUUACCAUCAUUUGCCGAGAAAUUGUUACAAGCACACAAACCAUUAGUGUCACUCGUUGGCUCAAUGAUUAACCUGCUAUCGCACGAAGAGCCUUCAAUUGCAAACAUCGCUUUGCAUAAUCUUUCGUUGUUAACUCAGUUGAUUGGCAGUGAAGGCAAAGCGGUUUUGACGAAGAAUCAUUGCCAUAUAUUGAGUUCAAUACUUCGAACAACAGAUACCACGAAGCAAAAGUUACUUCUUCGUGCGUUGAAACGUUUGAUUAAUGGGGAUAAACGAAGUCUAGAAAUCGCACGGUCAAAUAUAAAUAACGAACUCAUCCAAACGCUACAACAACUGAAAAAGUCUGCAGCAACGGAAGCCGAUGCUGGUCUUAUUUCACAUAUUGAUGAUCUAUUACAUUUACUCAUCAAAGGUUUUCUCUCGAACAUUGACUAGCUUUAUUACGAAGUACAUGGAUCUGGUGAUACUAAAAUUUUGUUUAUUAUGGGUUUACUGACUGAAGGAGCUGCUUGGGUUUUACAAACUGACUUUUUCCGCAAUCAACCUGACUAUCAAUGCGUUAGUUACGAUAAUCGCGGCUGUGGACGUUCUUCUUCACCUGUUACUCUCAAAUAUACCACAACUCAGAUGGCUAAAGAUGCACUCGCCUUGAUGGACCAUCUGAAAUGGACGCAAUGUCAUGUGGUUGGUGUUUCCAUGGGGGGAAUGAUCGCUCUUGAAUUUGCAUUAUUAGCACCAGAGAGAAUUCUUUCCUUAACUUUAUUGGCAACGCAUGCCGGUGGCAUUGCGGGGCGUGCACCAUUUGUUGGCAUUAAGCAUAUUCUUCGGUCAUUGGUAUUACGUGAAGAGCAUCUACAUAUUGAAAACGCAUUAGAGAUGCUCUAUGGACCGAAAACUUUAGCAAAUCCAGAAAAACGAAAAAUUUUCCAUGAUUAUCAUAGUGAACGAUUUAAAAGCCGCAUUCGACCUAAACUCAUUGGAAUUCUGGGACAUCUAUUUGCUGUUCAAAGACAUUAUGUUGGCUAUGCAGAUCUGCUAAAGAUUCGCUAUUCACCAUUCAACUGUUUGAUUAUGGUUGGAACCGAAGAUCGGCUCGUGCGAGAAGCUAACUCUUACUUAAUUCGACAAACUCUUGGCUGUCGUCUAGUAAAACUUGAACAUGCUGGACACGCAUUACCAGCUGAAUGUACAAAAGAAAUCAAUGAAGAAUUAUUUGAUUUGUACGAAUCCAUUCGACAAGGUUAUUCAUCAAAAUCCAAACGCCCAUCACCGGAAGAAUACCAAACAGAAAUCAAAGCACUCGAACAAUGCUGUCAACACCGAACACACUGCUUAGUCUAUGAUAUCACUGGUUUUAUAAAAGGCAUGUUUUUCGGGUUAAUGCUCUACAUUCUUUUCAGUAUGAUCGGUUUGACCAAAGGACAAUUAGGUGGAUAUCACUUGACCUGCGAAAGUGUGAUACUGCUCGGAUGUUUGAAUGGACUUCGUCGUUCGAUCAAAUGUAUUUAUCACGCGUUCAAUGCUCGACGAUAUGUUCAAGAACAUCGAAUCAUACUUGAUCAAGCUGCGCAUCAUGGUGGUAUUGGUGUUGGCUUACCUGACGAAUCAAAAAAUGGCAUACCACAUGGUUGUGGCUUUGAAUUGCCUAUUCAUUCAAUAAUGUUUAUGAUUGGUCUCAUUGGUUUGCUUUACACAACGCAUUUUUACGAACAAAAUACGAUUUAG